UGCUAUAGUAGGUACUGAAUUGUUUUUGCCAGGAUGGGUUUUAUGGGUACCAAGGCUGUUUUACAUGGUCUUCUUUUUUUCCUUUAAGUUUUCACAACAGUUCUCUGAAGGAGACAAAGCGGGUAGUCUUUUUAGCACAGUUGAGAAACUAAGGCCUUUACUUCAGCCGUAGGCUCAUUAGUUAAUUAUUUAAUGCUACAGAGUAGAUAUGACUAAGUGUAACUCUGUCCCAUGGGCUAGGAAAAUAGAGCUGAAAGACGUCAUCCAUUCCCUCAAAGAUGAGGCAGACAUUAGAACAAAGAAUGGUAUGAAGUUUUAGGACAGAGGAACAGUGAACGUGUUUAUUUGGGGAAGAUGAGCAGAAAACUCAGAAAGAGAUGCUUCCAUCAGUCCUUAAAGGACUAACUUCCAAACAUAGAGAGGUUAAGGCAGGGAUUGUUUUUUAUAUAAACUUGAUUCCCUACAGUGGCAAGUACUCAAUAAACGUUUGUAAUAUGAACACACACACACACACACAGUGAGUGAGCAGGAGGGCUUCCCAGGCAGAGGAAAUACUGGUACGUAGCCCAGGGGAAUGGAAGGUCGGCACUUUGAGAGGUGCUGUAGCAUCCACACGGCUGGCAGGAGGUGAAUAGCAGCAGGAUGGUGGUUGAGGGGAAGAUGGCAGCAUCUCCCCCCAGUAGGACCCCAGGGCCCCCAGGACUUGCAAGAGACUGAAAGCUUCCUCCCUUCAUUCAGACUCCCAGUCUCUAGCCCUUCCUCCCAGAGGCACUCACAGCAUCUACGUAAACCACCUUUCAGCUUUGCAUGGGCUCCGCUUCGCUGCUUCCUUGCACCCCCAGCUUGUCUGCGCAGAGGUUCAUAAUCUCCUUUUUGCGGCUGAAAGAAAACAGCUGACCACAGGAGCGACCUGCGACCCGACUGCUUGGCAGAAUAAAGCUGUGUAAAUGAGUAUGGAAGAUUAUGAUUUCCUGUUUAAAAUUGUUUUAAUCGGCAAUGCUGGUGUGGGGAAGACGUGUCUAGUCCGACGGUUCACUCAGGGUCUUUUCCCCCCAGGACAAGGAGCCACAAUUGGAGUUGAUUUUAUGAUUAAGACAGUGGAGAUUAAUGGUGAAAAAGUAAAGCUUCAGAUCUGGGACACAGCAGGUCAAGAGAGAUUUCGGUCCAUCACCCAGAGUUAUUACCGAAGCGCCAAUGCCUUGAUCCUUACCUAUGACAUAACCUGUGAGGAAUCCUUCCGUUGCCUUCCUGAGUGGCUGCGGGAGAUAGAGCAAUAUGCUAGCAACAAGGUCAUCACUGUGCUAGUGGGCAACAAGAUUGAUCUGGCUGAAAGGAGAGAGGUCUCCCAGCAGAGAGCCGAAGAAUUCUCAGAAGCUCAGGACAUGUAUUAUCUGGAGACCUCAGCCAAAGAGUCCGAUAACGUGGAGAAACUCUUCCUUGACUUGGCUUGCCGCCUCAUCAGUGAAGCCAGGCAGAACACCCUGGUGAACAAUGUAUCCUCACCCUUACCUGGAGAAGGGAAAAGUAUCAGCUAUUUGACUUGUUGUAAUUUCAACUAAAGGCUGAGGCAAGGCGAGGCGAGAGGAAUCCGCAGCUGCCCUGAUGGGCCCCCAGCUGCUGGGGAGACCCUGCGAUGACUGUGGCUCCCGCUCUGGGACCUUCUGACUCCUGUGGGCUCCCGAGCUUACGGAGCACGGCGGGCCGGGGCCUCGUCUGCAGGCCAGCGUUCGCGGAACAUAUAAUGGUUUCACCCUUUUGCAGUCUGGAGUCGGGUCAAGGAGAAAAUUGCCCUAGGCGCUCCAUGAUCUGCAGAGCAUGUUGCUUUUGUUUUUUUAAACAAGCAAGUAAAACGCAUUCCCGAACAUGGUCCAGGGGGAAACGUACUGUAGGGACCCCUCCUGCACGCCAGUGGGUGCAUGUGUGGGGCUGCUCUUUAGGGCUUCUGGGGGCCCUGGUUUUCUUGUCUACCAGAUAAACCAAACCCGGCAAGGCCAAGUCCUAUCUCUGUGGUGCGUGUGGAUGACUCCAUGGAGAUUUUGACAAGUGUUAUUUCUCUUUUUUUCCACGGGCACUUUCAAGAACUUUGGGAUGUAACAGUGAGAUGAAACCUUUACCCAUGACAAGAGUAACAAUCAUAGUUUUAAUACUGUACACAAGCUCCAUGACUCCUUCUGGUGCUAAUGAUUCCGCUCUUUCACAGACCAAACGUUUUAGUACAUCGAUGUCCUUACCUACCUUACAUAGAAAUAAAAACAAAACAAAAAUUAAGGGAAGACCAUGAAUCAGCUCUCUUUCUCGAAGUCUCAUUACGACCUGCCCUAGGGUAGAUUUAUUGGAAAAGAGGAUACUUUUCCUUUCCUCUUCCCCUCUAAGUCUCUACCAUUUUCUUCUUCCGUUCUCCCAUCUUUCCUGCCCUUCUAGUAAAUGAAAAAGUUUGAAAAAUGAAAAAAAAAAAAGAGAGAGAGAGAGAGAAUGGCUGACAUCCUCAUAAUAAGAGAUUAGCUCUAAGACAUUAUGAGUAGUAUGAAAAACCAGACCUGAUCUGACCAAAAUACUGUGGCUUAAUGGACUGCAGUGCGGAGUUCCGAGCAGAGCACAGUCCUUGAUAGCAAGUCUCGUCUUUUGCUUCCUGGUACUAUCCAUCUUGGACAGACCAACGCUUAGGAUUUUGUAGAUGUUUUUAGUAUGGUGAGUGAGAAUCGCAGUGGAUGAAAAGUCUCACGAACCAUUUUUGUAUCUGCAGUGAUAACCUUAGAAAAAAAUCUGCCUGUGGAAGCAGAUGGAGUAGUCAUUUGUCAUCUCCUUGUAGUAAUGUUACUCUCAGACUCAUGACCAUUCAUUCUUUCCCAUAUCUUUUUCUUUUCCUCACUUUCUUUCCUGAUUUUCCCCUUUUUACCUUAUCCCCCUCCUUCCCCCGCUCCCUUGUAUGCAUAUGUUCCUGCAAAUCUCCAGUUCAGAUGGAGGUGUGCAUGCCUUUUCUUAGCCAAUUUAAAAACCAACUCCAAUGGAAGCUGUGCUGCUGAAUGUGUGUUGCUGUUUCUUCAGUGCCAUACUUCCAAUUUGUUCCCAGAUAUAAAUGCAAAUUGGGAAAAUGAUUAAAUCUGUUUGCUGUUGAUGCUGUCAGAUGUUUCAGUAGCUUGCCGCUUAGCAUAACUGAGGGAUGAGCCAUGGGAUUAGGAUAUGAUAGGUCAUUCCACUGUUGUUGUAGAUGGUGGCAGUCUUGGUUCUGAUAUAUUGAUGUGUGAAAGCUGUUGAAUUUUAAAGCAGCGAGUCAUGUACAGACACGAUAUUGGCGAAGCCUUUCUAGCGUUUCUAGGGCAGGUUUCAGAGUGACCUGUCACUUGCACGUGGGAACUGUACAUAUUGUUUAAGGGACUGAUGCUGUGGUUGGCUUCACCAUGGUUGUGCUGAUACUGUGGGUAAGAGAAAGGGAUCCCAGAAGUUCGAGUCGCUUUUAUUUCAGAAUCUAUCUCUAUAGGAAAGAAAAUAAUUUUCGUAAACACCAACCAAAAUAGUUUAUCAUGGUUGCCUUUCCCUCCCCAUCUUCCUCAUCAAGCCAGCAAAUAAAAGGUAUUCAGAAAAGUUGAUCAAGGUGAGCAGAAGAGCUCUUCUUACAUGGUGAGGAAAUGCCCUUAAGUUUAGGUCUCAUUUAGAGCAAAAUCCAAAGUCCCCAGUACAUCAUGACCCAACUUUGCUUCAUAGCAGCAAGUAUGUUGAAAAUAAAGUUGCUUUAUGAAAUAGAGGCUACAAUACUGUUAGGUUGGACAUAAUAGUUGUAAAAUAGUAGGCUGUAGGGCCACUCUUGCAUUCUGAGAUUAUUUCCUAGGGAACAGUCUCCUUUAUCUACUCUUGGCUGAGCUUUAAGGGGAUUAGAAGGCUCUGCUCUUGGCCCCUUUCCUCCAUUAUUCCUUGCAGCCUUUUUGUACUUAACAUCACCCAUCUACACCACAUCAGCAGGGACAUAUGAGAAUCGAGGGCUUUGUUUCUUUUUUUUUCCCUCUCUUAGCUGUAUGAAUUCUAGAUUAGGCCUUAUGGACACUUGUUCCCUGAUGAAUCUCAAGUUUGAGAACUAGCCCUGACAAUAUUGUAGGUGCUCAGUAAAUAUUAGUUGAAUAAACAACUUAGUGCCAGGAGGAGCUUUUCUGAUUAGACAGACAUUUCUCAAAUAGAACUUGAGAAAGGACACUAUUUAAAUAUGGUCAUCUUAACCCAGGCCAGGACCCAAAUGUGUUGAUUUGUCUAUUAGUUGCUGUUGCCUUGGUCAUAUUUGCUAAGAUGAACCUUCUUAAAUGAAAAUGAAUUCUCAUUUAAUGAUGGAUGAAAAAGAGGGUUGUGUUCUCAUAGUUCAGUUUGGCCUGAUCUGAUUCGUGAGACCUCCAGAGUCCAUGUCUGCCUCCAUUUUGGUGUGAUCUUUUUUUUUCUUUAAAUAAAGUUACUAAAUAUAUGGCACACUUUUUCCUGUUUACAGUGCAUCAUAAUCAUGUCAUAGAGCCGGAUCUGGAGAAUCUGUGAAAUCAUAUAGUUUACUCAUAUUAAUGAUAUUAUGGCUUUGUAUAGGCUGUAUUCUCAAAGGAUUUUAUGCUUUGUCCUUUACCUAUGCAAGGCUUUUUAGUCCUCCAUGUGUUUUGUUAGAGCUAUUGAAUUAUAGUCAUGUUUAAGUUUGAUUAUAUGUAGCCAGUUAUCCUUCUGUGGAUUACUUAGAGUAAACCAUUAGCUUUCCCUGGCCUUUUCUUCUUCUUCUUCUUCUUUUUUUUAGUUGUUUCAUGUUAGCACCUCUGAGUAAAGAGGCAAGAAAAUAACUAAAAGUGAAAAUGAAAUGGAUUGACAGUGUGCUAGUUUCUGAGUUACAGUUUAGUAAGAGAGGCAAAAGCCAUUGGCCAAAAUAAGAUACUUGGAUUAGGGCUAUUUAAGCAAUUUAGACUUGUUGGAGAGAAGAGGCAGUAUUUAAGCAAGGACUGGAUUCUUCUUUCCUCUUCUGUUUAUGAAUAUAUGUCUUUGGAGGACACUGGUGACUUCCAGUGUUAGAUAAUGAUUUGCCUCAUUUAUCCUUUAAACUAUCCCGUAAUUCUUCCAGAUCCACUAUCAAGGUUCAGUUAAUGAAUCUUUCUGAGUAAAUACCAGCUGCAAAUGAUUUUGAAUUGGCCGUCUGACUAAAAUGAAAACUUCCUCUUCCUUUUUUAAUAAUCUACAUAAAUGGGAUCAUAUUAUAUUCAGAAAAAAAGACUAUUUAGUUUUUUCCAUGUAUCAAACCAACAGCUUUAAAGAUAGACUUUUCUGUUUCUUAAUACAGCAAAACUCUGUGUAUUUCAUAAUCAUAAGUACUUUAAGGAUCACUGCCCUGUUAGCCUCUGAAAGAGCUCUUCUAGGGUUUACCCUUUGUUUUUUUCUAGAAGUUUUUAGCUUUUUUUUUUUUUUUUUUUUUUACCUUCAACUGGUUAGUUAUUCUCUUCAACCACGGCCCUGACAGAUGUGUUUUAGUGCAACUAACACUCUUGAGACUUAACUAGAAAAUGAAAAGCAGUGAAAAAACACGUUACCCUUCUGACAAAAUGUACUGUACAUAAGCAGUAUGGUUAAGCACUAAUUUGGGACUAAGAAAGGGAUGUGCUUUGUGGGUUUUUGUUUUUUCUUCUUCUUGGAUUUCAUAUCUGUGACCUGAGCCUAUUUGUGUUUGGAGGGAAAAACUAUUUCCCUUAGAUUCUUCAGACUGGGGAGAGAUCUUAACUGAACUGAGAAAUUAUCAUCCCUUCCAAUAGCUCAUUAAUUAUAGUAGUGUUAGAGCAAGGGAGACAACACUUCAUCUCCUUUCCUAAGCCCAUGGGAACUUUGCGGUCAUUUUGGGGAGCGAUUGUUUAAAAACAAAUUGAAAUCAGCUAUAGCCCAAUACAAAAUGUUCUUGGUGACUAAAAAAAAGAAACCAAAUUGAGGCAAAGCAAAGAUGGUGAAGGGGUUUUAGAUUUAAAAUGUUUGAACAAUAUUUGAAGGAUUUGGGGACGUUUAGCUUGGGAAAAAGAGGAAUACAACUGGUACAUUAGAACAAGACUCUGGUUUGAAGGGGUGGAAUAAGACCCACUAAAUUCAGGUCAUAGGGCCAUGGACUUGAACUUCACAUUAGAGAGAACUUUCUCAACAAGUUGAUUCCCCAUGGAAGGGGCUGCCUCUGUCAAGCACAGGCUCAUUGAGAACUUGGCAAAGAUGGUGUGGAGAGGAUCCCAGCACUUGUUGGGGUGGACAAGAUGACCUACUAAAAUUCUAUUUCUAGCACUUUGCUCCUCAUAACAUGUUCAAUUAAAUAUCUGUUGACCCACAGCUAAUAAUUUUUUUUAAGGUUUUGCUCUUUUGCCCAAAGUGCAUGCCCCUCUCCAGGAAGGAGGUUGCUUCCAUGUCAGUUAGGUCAAGAGACUGGCCCUUAUACCCUUAGGCUGGAAUUGCUUUUUUUUGGUCCAUUCAUUGAUGUCUUGUUGAAAUCAUAAACUGGAUCUUGAGUUAAAGGUUAAAAAUGUAUUGUUUUAGUAGAAGUUACAUGAACCGUUCCCUUCUCUAGGGGAUUUUCCCAACCCAGGGAUCGAAUCCAGAUCUCCCGAAUUGCAGAUGGACUCUUUACCAUCUGAACCACUAGGGAAGCCCACAUUAAAUCAUGGAAAUUGUGUAUCUGUCACUUGCUAAACAUAAGCCAGGCUCAGUUUUAGUGAAUAGUAGCUAUCUCUUCAAGGUUUCAGGAUAAACCUUUUUAGGAGAGCAGAAUCUUCAGUCAAAGAUCCCAUGAAGUUUUACAGCUCCCAUCACAGAUGGGUUAGUGGUCACUGGCAUAAAGCAGUCCCCAAGAUUAAUCUUGGAAAAAUCUCAAAUGACAUUUGGUUAGUUUGAUUCUUUUGAAAAAACAUGAUCUGAAAAUGGUUUUAAAAGAAUGGAGACCAAGUUGCUUCAUGUAGAAAGUAACAACAUAUAGAUCUCUGAUUGGAAAAUCAGAGAGAAUUCUAAGCAAUAUUUACUAAUAAAGCUCAUGACUCUAAUGAUUCCACUUGCAAAAUAACUUGCAUCCUUGCAAGGCUGGUAGAUGGCUCUUUAUUGGUCUUCUUAAGCAAAAGUCAUUGGUCUUGCAUCACUAUGGUGAGAAACACUUGAGUUUGGGUGAGACUUUCUUUGAUUCCUUUGGAUGAGAAAUCAGAGCACAAAAGCUAGCCUCCUCUUUAAUUGCCUGCAUGAUGUUGCAUGAGUCAAAAUUUUACUUUUCCACUGAGUUAAAGCAAAAUUUUUAGAGGUGUUAUGUUCUAGUUCCUGAUGGAAUCCUUGGUGGGGUGUGACUUUGACACAUCAGGGAGUGAUGUAGGAGGUGAUUAGAGGAUGGAACACUAGGCUAGGGGUGAGGAGUCCUAGAAUUCCCUUGAAUUAGCUGUAACAUUAUGCAAAGCACAAUCUCUUGAGCAUACGUUUCCUCAUCUACCAGAUGGACUAACAGUAGUAAUACCUGUCAGGAUUAUUGUGAAGAUUAGAUAAAUUCAAAGUACUGAACUUGGUAAACAGUAAGCACCCAAAUAUUUGUUUUUUUCUCCUUGAUGAAGAGCAGACCUUGGAUGGUUUGAAACAAGUAUAGAUCCUCUGAACAAAACAAGGAACCCUCCUGACUUCAGAAAAACAAAAACGAAAAUUCCGUUUCUGAAAGAGCCUUAAAAAGAAAGUCACGUGUUUAAUGCAUUUUUCUGCCUUAGUGCAUAACUGUUACCCAAGACACUCUACUUCUUUUUUUUUUUUUUUUUUUUUGACACUCUACUUCUUUACUACUUCAAGAAAGGUAUUCUCUCUCUUCCAGUGGGCAAUUCCAGGGUUGCAAACUCAUCAGGAAACUUAACCUUAUUACUGAAAUACCUCACAGUGCAAUUUGAACCUCUUUCUUCUUGAUCCCAUCCUCCAAGAGAAGAAAAAUUGGUUGAUCCUGUCUUCUUUUUAAAGGGCCAUGUUUGCCAUUUAUUAUUACCCUUUUGCCUCAUUUUAAAAAAACUGACAGAAAAAGCUCAUUAAGGUGAUAAUUAUUAUCCCCUUGGGGAAUGUCAGGAUUCUUAUUGAUAGCGAUCAGAUUUAGAUCACAAACACUGUUGUGACUCUUCAGUUAGUAUUUUCUUCUUUCGUUAACAUAUUCUUGAUAACCAAGUGUGCUUCUGAAGACUUAUUCUGGUGUGUGGCUCUUGUUUUCUCCUCUUGGUAAAAGUGGAGUCACAAGUCCCAGCUUUGCCAACUACUUUUAGAAUGUAAUUUCAUAUAUGACAUAAUUUGAUGGACAUAAUUACCAACACCUACUAUUAGCAGGGUUUCUUGCCUUUUCUACAUUCUGAAAUAAAAAUCAGAAUACCAAAUGCCUAAUAAAGCAAAAAUUCUUGCACAGAGUAGCAAAAGGUAAGAAUCUGAUCUGCUAGGAUAAUUUGACACUAGUUGGUUGAAUGGUGCAGAGCUUUUGUUUAAAGUUACACAGUUAUGCCUGGAUUAAAUAACAAUAGCAAAACUUGAGAAGCCCUCUGAAAAACAGCUGCUAAACAUACUGCUUUCUGGAAAGUAAUCAUUAAGAAUAAAUAUUCUCUUGUUCUACAUAAUUGCCGAAUGUUAGUGGAAAUUUCUCGUAGGGUACUUGAAUGUCAAUUGAUUUAUUAAAAAAAAUUUUUGUGUGUGAAUCCUUUUAUUCCUUUAAGACAUUUUGGGGCUUUCGUGUUCUUGUUGUAGAAAAUUUCAAAUGACUGGAAUGCUGGCUUCUAAUUUCUGCUCACUGAAGUGGCCUCUAGACAUACCAGAUGGUUGGGGCUUCUUUGAUGAUCUGAAGGGAGCUACUUAAAUACACUUACAUAAAGUGUGUGAAUAAAAUUGCUGUUUU